GUAUCGCGAUAAGAAGGGGAAAAAAAACAAAAACCCAACAAAACCCAAAUCCGGAGAAUUGCGCAUGCGUUUUGCGCACAGGGCGUUCUGAACUCAAAGGCUUCCGUAGACGGAGGGAGAAAGAUGGCGGCGGUUAUACUGGAACGAUUGGGUACGUUAUGGGUGCAGAAUCUCAGGGGGAAGCUGGCCUUGGGGCUUUUUUCAUCUCACAGCAUUUUACCUCAAUCACAUAUCCACACAACUGCUUCUCUUGAAAUAUCUCGAAAAUGGGAGAAGAAGAAUAAAAUUGUUUAUCCUCCACAACUGCCUGGAGAACCUCGGAGACCAGCUGAAAUAUACCAUUGUCGGAGACAAAUAAAGUACAGCAAAGACAAGAUGUGGUAUUUGGCGAAAUUGAUACGAGGAAUGUCAAUUGACCAGGCUCUGGCUCAGUUGGAAUUCAGUGACAAAAAAGGAGCCCAGAUAAUUAAAGAGGUUCUCUUAGAAGCACAAGAUAUGGCAGUAAGAGACCACAAUGUGGAAUUCAGAUCCAAUUUAUAUAUAGCUGAGUCCACCUCAGGGCGAGGCCAAUACCUGAAACGCAUCCGAUACCACGGCAGAGGUCGCUUUGGAAUCAUGGAGAAGGUUUUUUGCCAUUAUUUUGUGAAGUUGGUGGAAGGCCCUCCACCUCCACCUGAGGCACCAAAGACAGCAGUAACCCACGCCAAAGAGUAUAUCCAGGAGCUUCGCAACCGGACCAUCAUUCAUGCUCUAUGAUGGGACUAUUCAGACUCCAUAGUGUAUAUAUUUUAUCAUUUGUUUCUUAAAACCAACAAAAAUUAAAGACAAAUGCUUUUUAUGAA